AUGGGCACCAAAACAAGAACAUGGGACAUUCGCUCUGCCUUGGUCAAUUCAGUUAUUAGUACUCAACUCGAAGCUUCUCGCGAAAACGCCCAAGCGAACCAGCAGAAUAUUGCCAAGCGAUGGCAAAAUUGCUCAACCGAAAGCUUGGAUCAGGAGGACUGGCCGCCUUCCCCGGAAUUCACCCCAGAGCUUAACGACGAAGGUCUCACGACUGGCGACUCAAUUGCUUUCAUUCGCAAGUCGGACCCUCGCGCUGGUGGCACGUAUCUUAUUCUCGAUGUCGCGCGGAAUAGAGCUUUGACAUGCCACCAAGGCCAAGUCCGUCUCGAACCGAUCAACCUCGACAACAAGAGUAUCUCGGAGAAAGCUCAAUGGUCAUGUACCGAACGCAACGGCUUCAAAGGCUUCCAGAACGUCGCCGGCGGCGGAUUUCUGGGACACGACGUCUGGUGGCAUUUCCGCGGCAAUGCUUCGGCGCAUAGUCUUUGGGAAAGCUUCACUAUUGCUAGACGCGAUGGGGGUCUGUACUGGUUGCAGAUUUUGCACUGGUGGACGCAGUGGCAGGUCUCUGCGAGUGAGGAGGGGAAUGGAGUUUAUCCGGAGUUGGAGGGUGGUACGUCUUGGGAGUUUGUCAAGGUUUUGAAUAUGGGUGAUGGGAUUUGA